CUCCACUUACCACCGUCGCCCUGCCGAACUGCCUCCCGGGUCGCCAGCAAUAUGGCGAGCAAGGCGAAGCUGGAUCCCGUCUGGGACGACUUGGACAGGACUAUGGGCCAACUGUUUAUGAUGGGAUUUGAUGGGACCACCGUGACCCCACAGAUCCGGACUCUGAUCGAGAAGCACCAUUUAGGCUGCAUCCUACUAACCGCAAAGAACCUGAAGUCUGCCGAGGAAACCACAAAACUGUGCUACGAGUUGCAGAAAGUAGCCCAUGAUGCCGGCCAUCCAGUGCCACUGGCCAUCGGCGUCGACCAGGAGAAUGGAGGCGUCAACAGCCUUUUCGAUGAAAUUUAUAUCCGGCAGUAUCCCAGCAACAUGGGAAUCGCCGCCACUGGCUCAACAGAUCUGGCCUUCGAGGUUGCCAAAGCCACAGCACAAGAGAUUUCAGCUUGCGGUAUCAACUGGAUAUUUGGACCGUGUCUAGAUGUUCUGACCAAUGCUCGGAACCAGCCCCUGGGUGUUAGGACCGCGGGUGAUGACCCGCAAGAAGUUUCUGCCUACGGUGUAGCCUUCAUGAAAGGUUACAAGGAAGCUGGUGUUGUCACUCUCGGAAAGCACUUUCCUUCCUACGGAAACCUUGAGUUUCUUGGAUCCACCCUAGACGUCCCCAUCAUCACCGAGUCACUAGAACAGCUGAGCCUGAGUGCUCUCAUUCCGUUCCGCAAUGCCAUCCAACAAGGCUUAGAUUCAAUGAUGGUCGGCGGAUGUGCCAUGUCUUCGGCAGGUUUGAACGCUAUGCACGCCUGCCUCUCGGAUCAAGUUGUUGAUGGACUGCUCCGGUCAGACCUCAAGUUUGAUGGUGUCGUCGUCUCAGAAUGCCUCGAGAUGGAGGCCUUGAGCCACAACAUAGGCGUCGGUGGAGGCACUGUUAUGGCCGUCAACGCCGGCUGCGACGUCAUUCUCCUCUGUCGGUCCUUCCAAGUCCAGCAGGAAGCCAUCAAGGGUCUGAAAACUGGAAUCGAGAAUUCCAUGAUCACCAAGGACAGGAUCUACAACUCGCUCCGCCGAGUUCUGACCAUGAAGCUAAGAUGCACAUCGUGGGAGAAGGCGCUCCACCCCCCUGGAAUAGCUUUCCUCGAAACGCUGCAACCGUCACACACCGCUCUAUCAACAAAAGCAUAUAACUCAUCCAUCACUGUUGUUCGAGACAAGAACCGACUACUACCGCUGACCAAUAUCAUCGACAGCGAAGAAGAGCUUCUUCUCCUAACCCCGCUUGUCAAACCUCUCGCCGCAUCUGCAGCAUCACGUGCUUUGUCAGAGACGGCUGCCACAGGGUCCCCUGAGCCUGCAGUUUGGGAGCGGAGUGCCUCAGUAAUGAGUGGAGAGCGAGUAUUUCGGGAACUUGGGAGAUCACUCGCACGACAACGGAGUGGACGCGUUCUCCACACGUCAUACACCGCUAACGGCGUCCGUCCAGUCCACGAGAAUCUGAUUAACAGAGCCAGUGCCAUUAUAGUCAUGACCGCGGACGCAAAUCGGAAUUUGUACCAACAUGGAUUCACCAAACACGUGUCGAUGAUCUGCAAUAUGCAAUACACCACCGGGGGAGAAAAGAGAGAGAAGCCUCUCAUUGUCGUUUCGGUCAGCUCUCCUUACGAUUUUGCUAUGGACACCAGCAUCGGAACAUAUAUAUGCACCUACGACUUCACGGAAACCGCGCUCAACAGCCUCGUAAAAGUUCUGUACGGCGAACUUUCACCCUCCGGGACACUGCCUGGAACGAUCAGCAAGAGUCAGAAACUACACCACUCAAAGCAGCAUUGGCUGGUCGAAACAUACAACGAGGAGCGCGAUGCCAAUGCUCUUGACAGCCUCAUCAUCGCCGUCAUGGAGGGUACGCCGCCAAACCAACGCUCGGAGCUUUCAAGCGCAACAUCAAACUCGUUCACAUUACAUCAUCCGGAGGUCGUUGAAGCACAUUUCGUUGUCCGAAAUAGCAGCACCCAAGCUCUGUACGGCUUUUGUUCCACCUACUUCUUCCGGACGACUGGCACUGGAGUGAUUGGCGCCCUAUUCGUGGAUCCUUCGCGGAGGAAACUCUCCAUCGGUCAUUCCCUACACAAUCGAGCCAUACGAACUCUGUUACAGAGAGAAGGAAUCAAGAGGUUUCAGCUGGGGUCCAGACUGCCAAGCAUCUUUUUGGGUAUCCCGACCGGACACGGGGGCGAGAGGAAGCGGCUCCGCUCCUGGUUUGCCAACCUCGGGUGGAGCGCAGCCCUAUCACGGUCAGUGUGCAGCAUGGUCGCCCGCAAUCUGCUCACCUGGACACCUCCUGAAGGCAUGGCAAAGAGUCUGGCCGGAGCCGGAGCUGAGUUUGACCUGGUGUAUGGGUGGGAGUACUCAGGCCCUAUCCUGGACCAUAUUAAGACAAGCAACCGCCAGGGGCUGGCUGAGGUCUACAAGAUGGCGCUGUCAGAUCCUUCAGCUUGUGGGAUCAUUCGGGCGAAACGACCAGAGGACGGAGCGCUCGUUGGAACCGUGGUUCUCUACAACAUGCACUCACGGUUGGCGGAGUACGUGCCGCCCAUAAAAGAUCUGAACGAGAUGGCGGGCGGCAUCUCGUCGCCGGUCAUCUCCCCCGCAGUCGGGGAGUACUCGACGUUGUUGCAGGGCCUCAUUCUGCUAGGGAUGCGGCAGAUCAAGGCGCAGGGGUGCAAUGCUUGCAUCCUAGAUUAUAUGGACGGGGACGGCAACUUUGAUGGGUUUUCCGCCAUGGGGUUCGACGUGCUGCACAACUUCGAGGAGGUGAGCUGCGACGCGGCGACGUGGACCAUGAUCCCGCCCUCGUAAUCUGGCUUGAGAGCUCAUUUCCGGGACGGCUGCUGGGACCGCGGCGCAUCAGAUGUACGAGUUGAAGAAAUUGAGUCGCGGGGCAAGCACAUAGCGCUGGCGGUGUAUGCUGACUCGCCAACCGUCUAGGGAGUCUGUGAUGAUUAGGGCCGCGCAUGAAGAUGCCAAAGCCUGCUGAGUAUCCGGCGGUGGGCGCACGUAUGGGAAGCAUGUUUCUCUUGGGUGUUUGACUUUGCUUGGAUCUAGCCAGUCGGCGCGACGGAUACCUUUGUAGCUGGGAGGAGUAGCAUGGAUAGGCGUCCGGGGUCGUCUUGAUGGACGCCACUGGGCUAUUGUUACCGUCUUUUCAACCAGGCCACGCCUCGAACUGAGGCCAGCUGACGGCGUUUGGGCUGUUCUUGGGG